AAGAAAGGAGUCCUUUUGUUUUUUUAUCACAUUGUGGAAAUUUAAUCUUCUACAGGGCUCUGUCUUAACAUUGCUGGCGGUGGAGCUUCUCAACAUUGUGCAAUUGGUAUUUGAUAUUAAGAGCUGUGAUGAGGUGUAAUGCUUGUUGGAGGGAAUUGGAAGGGCGAGCUGUGUCGACCACCUGUGGUCAUCUAUAUUGCAAUGAGGAUGCAAGCAAGAUACUAAGCAGUGAUGCUGCUUGUCCAAUUUGUGAUCAAGUACUCUCCAAAAGUCUUAUGAGACCAGUUGACAUAAAUCCUGGCAAUGAAUGGAUAAAUAUGGCAAUGGCUGGAGUUUCUCCACAAAUACUCAUGAAGAGCGCAUAUAGGAGUGUGAUGUUCUAUAUUGGGCAACAGGAACUUGAGAUGAAUUACAAGAUGAAGAAGAUUGUUGGGCAGUGCAAGCAGAAAUGUGAGGUCAUGCAAGAAAAGUUCACAGAGAAAUUGGAGCAAAUUCACACUGCAUAUCAGAAAAUGGCCAAAAGGUGCCAAAUGAUGGAACAAGAGAUCGAAAGCCUGUCCAAAGAUAAGCAAGAACUACAGGAAAAAUAUGCCGAAAAAUCCAGGCAGAAGAGGAAACUUGAUGAGAUGUAUGAUCAACUAAGAAGUGAGUAUGAGUCUGUGAAGCGUUCAGCAAUCCAACCAGCAAACAGCUUCUUCCCUGGAGCCGAGCCAGAGUUGUUCUCCGGAAUGACUAACAUGAUGGUACCAGAUGAUUUAUUUGUCGCAGAUCAAUCGGUUUUUACUCCUGAAACUCCAGGACGGAGAGAGAUGUGGCCUUCAACGAAGACCGCUAAUUUGGAAGCCUUUGACCUCUCUGGUGGCUCACCAGCAAAAGCAGCACCUGGUCCUGUUGGUUCUGGAACACGGAGACAGCCACGCCCUCCAUUCGGAGCUGCUGCAAACAAUCCUGCAGCGACUACUCUCCAUGAUCUCAUAAUUUCACCAAUGAAGCGGCCCCAGCUUUCACGCAAUCAUGCACGCUUGUUCACGUGAAGCUCUUGCUGCCUCCCCAGCGAGAGACAAAACAAGUCCUUUGCGACUUUCAU